AUGUGCUGCACCAGGCCGCCUCAUGUUUCAGUCGCUACGGCAUUCGAGAUACCGCGAUACAUGUAUAUCUUUGUAAUGUACUACGCAUUAGAGUACAUCACAGACGAGAGAUUCAGCUGUGUUCCAGGUUGCAGAAAAUCCGUCGACAGCCACGAAUGGUUUCGCCAUUUCUGGGGCUCAUCAGGUAGGCGCAGUCCCCUGGUUCCCGUCAAUUUUAUGUUCUACAUUACAAAUAUAUAA